ACACUUCAAAAAAGGUCUUGUUUGCAGACUUUUGUGUUGGAGCUGGAAGGGGAGAGACACUAACUGGUGGCUUGAUGGUUUCCAGAAGAUCCUAACUUUUGUUUUCCCCAUCAAGGACAAUACAUGUCUAACAAUUAGACAUUAUGAAUUUAAUACAGAAAAGGAAUUUAUUAGUGUUCACAUUUUUAAUAGGGCAGCUUAUUGCAGUACAAGCUCAAGAUGAAGAAAGUGGAGAGGUGGAUGAAAUUGCCUGCAAACAAGAUAAUAAAAUGUACAUGAAUAGAGAUGUAUGGAAACCAUCACCGUGCCAGAUCUGUGUGUGUGACAAUGGAGCCAUUCUUUGUGAUGAGAUUCAGUGUCAGGAUGUUCUUGACUGUGACAACCCGGAAGUUCCUCAAGGAGAAUGUUGUCCUGUAUGUCGCAGCUCAUCAGGGGGCCAAAUAACCCCAAGGGGAGGUGUAAAGGGUCAAAAAGGAGAACCUGGAGAUGUCCCAGCUGUGUCUGGCAUUCGCGGACGUCCAGGGCCUUCUGGGCCACCGGGCUCACAAGGACCAAGAGGAGACCGAGGGUCUAAGGGAAAACCUGGUGCCCGUGGUCCCCCUGGGGUUGAUGGAGAACCUGGUAUUCCUGGACAACCUGGUAACCCUGGACCCGCUGGACAACCAUCUCUUGGUGGUCAUCCAUUUUCAUCUCAGAUGCAAGGAGGCUUUGAUGAGAAAUCUGGACUUGGUUCACAAGUGGGAAUGAUGCCUAGUCCAUCGGGUGAAAUGGGACCAAGAGGUCCUCAAGGUCUGCCUGGUGGCCAAGGUGUAAGAGGUCCCCCAGGCCCUCCCGGAGAACAUGGUGAUCCAGGAAGUAUGGGUCCUUUAGGUCCUCGAGGUCCUGAGGGACCACCUGGAAAACCUGGUGAAGAUGGAGAAGCUGGAAGAGCUGGGCAAACAGGGGAAACAGGGUUCCCAGGAUCUGCUGGUGCUAGAGGAUUCCCUGGGGCCCCUGGACUUCCAGGACUUAAAGGACACAGAGGUCAUAAAGGAUUGGAUGGUCCAAAAGGAGAAAUUGGAGCAGCAGGAUCAAAGGGUGAAUCUGGUCCAGCAGGUCAAAUGGGAGCCAAUGGCCCAGCGGGCCCUCGAGGUAUGCCAGGAGAGAGAGGACGUAUUGGACCUACAGGAACCCCAGGUAUUCGAGGGGCUAAUGGACUUACUGGACCAGCUGGACCAAUUGGUCCACUUGGUUUAAGUGGUGCUUCUGGAUUUCCUGGUGCCCCUGGCAUGAAGGGUGAAGCAGGUCCAACAGGUGCACGUGGUCCUGAAGGUCCCCAAGGAUCAAGAGGUGAAACUGGACAACCGGGUCCUGCAGGGUCACAAGGUCUUCCAGGUACCGUUGGAACAGAUGGAUCUGGUGGUGCUAAAGGACCGACUGGGGUUCCUGGUGUUGCAGGAGCACCUGGUCUAUUAGGUCCACAUGGAUCUCCUGGCCCUCAAGGAAGUACUGGGCCACCAGGAAUUAGAGGCUCAGUGGGUGAUCCAGGAGUUGCGGGUUUCAAAGGAGAAGCUGGUCCGAAAGGUGAACCUGGUCCUCAUGGUCCUCAAGGUGCAAUAGGACCACAAGGUGAAGAGGGAAAGAGAGGUCCUCGGGGAGACCCAGGUUCAGUAGGGCCACCUGGGCCAGUUGGUGAGCGGGGGGCCCCUGGCAACCGUGGUUUCCCUGGGUCUGAUGGACUGCCUGGACCAAAGGGAGCGCAAGGUGAGCGCGGGGUUGCUGGAAUUUCAGGCCCCAAAGGAGCUAAUGGAGAUCCAGGCCGUCUUGGAGAACCUGGACUUCCUGGUGCAAGAGGUCUAACAGGAAAUCCAGGAGUCCAGGGACCAGAAGGCAAACUUGGACCUGUGGGGGCAGCAGGGGAAGAUGGGCGCACAGGACCCCCAGGCUCAAUUGGAAUUCGUGGAGAGCCUGGUGGCAUGGGACCUGUUGGUCCAAAAGGCAAUAGUGGUGACCCUGGAAAACCAGGUGAACAAGGCAGUGCUGGUGUAAAUGGACAACGGGGUGCUCCUGGCAAAGAUGGUGAAGUUGGACCAUCUGGCCCCGCUGGACCCCCAGGUCCUGCUGGAGAAAGAGGAGAACAAGGACCACCAGGGCCUACUGGGUUCCAGGGUUUACCAGGCCCUCCUGGACCCCCUGGAGAAACUGGAAAACCAGGAGAUGAGGGAGUUCCUGGAGACUCUGGAGCUGCAGGUCCAACUGGUCCUAGAGGAGAACGUGGAAAUCCAGGUGAAAGAGGCGAACCAGGAUCUUCUGGGCUACCUGGUGAAAAGGGUUUGGCAGGUGGUCAUGGACCUGAUGGCCCAAAGGGAAGUCCUGGCCCAUCUGGAACUCCUGGUGAUGUAGGUCCUCCUGGUCUGCAAGGAAUGCCUGGAGAAAGAGGAAUAGCUGGCACACCUGGUCCAAAGGGUGACAGGGGAGGUAUUGGAGAAAAAGGUUCUGAAGGUACUGCAGGCAAUGAUGGAUUAAGAGGUCUUCCUGGACCUUUGGGUCCUGCUGGAUCUGCAGGCCCUACUGGAGAAAAGGGGGAGCCGGGGCCACGUGGUGUAAUUGGACCUGCUGGUUCACGUGGAUCACCAGGUUCACGAGGAGAAACUGGUCCAACCGGUCAAGUUGGAUUUGCUGGUCCACCAGGACCUGAUGGACAACCAGGUGUGAAAGGAGAACCAGGAGAACCUGGCCAGAAAGGUGAUGCUGGAUCCCCAGGUCCACAAGGUCUGUCUGGAUCACCAGGCCCUCAUGGACCUCAUGGUGUUAAUGGUUUAAAGGGUGGCAGAGGGACACAAGGACCUCCUGGUGCCACAGGUUUUCCUGGUUCAGCUGGAAGAGUAGGCCCACCAGGUUCCCCUGGAGCGGUAGGCCCUGCUGGUCCAAUUGGAGAGCCUGGAAAGGAGGGACCACCUGGUCUUCGCGGUGAUCCCGGAUCACAUGGGCGAAUCGGUGACAGAGGUCCUGCUGGACCUACUGGAAGUCCUGGCGAUAAGGGAGACCCAGGAGAUGAUGGCCAACCUGGUCCUGAUGGUCCACCAGGACCUGCUGGAACAACUGGUCAAAGAGGCAUUGUAGGUAUGCCAGGUCAGAGAGGAGAACGGGGCAUGCCUGGACUUCCUGGCCCAGCGGGUUCACCUGGAAAGCAAGGUGCUACUGGUGGUUCUGGAGACAAAGGUCCAUCAGGACCUAUUGGUAUGCCUGGUUCUCAUGGUCCAGUGGGUGAACCAGGCGCAGAGGGUCCACCAGGUAAUGAUGGUUCUCCUGGACGUGAUGGAGCUGCUGGAAAGAGAGGUGAUCGUGGUGAUCCAGGACCUGAAGGUCUUGCAGGUUCUCAAGGUUCCCCAGGAACUCCAGGGCCAGUAGGUUCUACAGGUGAAGCCGGGCCUAGAGGUGAACCAGGCUCCAGAGGUCCAGUGGGCCCAUCUGGUAGAGCUGGAAAACGUGGUUUCCCAGGACCUCAAGGUCCUCGUGGUGAUAAAGGAGACAAUGGAGAACGUGGUGAGAGGGGACAGAAAGGACAUAGAGGGUUCACUGGUUUGCAAGGACUUCCAGGCCCUCCAGGCCCCAAUGGUGAUCUUGGCAGUACUGGCCUCCCUGGACCUUUUGGCCCUAGGGGCCCUCCUGGACCAGUUGGGCCUCCAGGUAAAGAAGGCAAUUCAGGACCUUCCGGACCAAUUGGACCUCCUGGACAAAGAGGUGUUAUAGGAGAAGCUGGACCUGAAGGUCCUCCUGGUGAUGCGGGACCUCCUGGUCCACCUGGUCCUCCUGGUUUGCUCACUGCUGCCAUUGAUGAUUUCAUGGGUGGGUAUGACACCAUGCCAGAACCUCUUCCUGAAUUCACAGACGAUGAAGCAGCUAGUGAUGGAAACAAGACUGAUCCAGGAGUCCAGGCUACUUUGAAAUCUUUGAGCAGCCAGAUUGAAACAAUGAAACGCCCUGAUGGCUCCAAGAAGAACCCAGCUCGUACCUGUGAUGAUCUAAAGCAGUGCCACCCCACCAAGAAGAGUGGAGAAUACUGGAUAGAUCCUAACCAAGGCUGUGCAGAAGAUGCAAUAAAGGUGUUCUGCAACAUGGAAACUGGUGAGACCUGUAUAUCUGCAAACCCAUCAAAAAUACCACGUAAAACAUGGUGGACUGGUAAAGGAUCAGAUAACUUCAAGCCAGUAUGGUAUGGCGUCGAUAUGAAUAAAAGGUCCCAGUUUGUUUAUGGAGAAACUGAUUCACCAAAUACAGCUAUAACCCAAAUGACUUUCCUCAGACUUUUAUCGAAAGAGGCCUCACAAAAUAUCACUUAUCAUUGUAAAAAUGCUGUGGGAUACCUCGAUGAAAAAACACAAAAUUUGAAAAAAGCUGUUAUUCUCAAAGGUGCUAAUGAUCUUGAUAUCAGAGCAGAAGGAAACAGCAGAUUCAGAUACACAGUUCUUGAAGACAGUUGUUCGAAACGUUCUGGAGUUGGCAAAACUGUCUUUGAAUACAGGACCCAGAAAGUGGCUCGUCUUCCUAUUAUAGAUAUUGCUCCUGUGGACGUUGGCGGUACAGACCAAGAGUUUGGAGUUGACAUUGGGCCUGUUUGCUUUUUGUAAAUCAUCGACAAGAUGACAGAAGAACUUAGAUUGACUAAAGUUAAUCCUGAGACUCUUGAAAAUGAUAACUGGUUUAAAGCCAGAACUGUACAUACAGUUUUCCAUUAUUUUCCUUUUUUUAAUUGUUGAUUUACCCGUCUUUUUUCCCUAAAGUAUUUAUUUUACAUUCAAUUUUAAUUGUUUUUGCCAAUUUUAAGAGCCGAAAUACAGCCUAAAGGACUAAAGACCCUCUAAUUUUCAUCAACCCGCAGUAUCUUUGCUCUGUAAUUCAGGGUGGUGCACAUUGCAUAUUGUAACUGCUUUAUUUACUGCUGUGUGCGUACACAGUCACUUAAAAUCUAAAGAACUUUGGGAUAAAUUCCAUUUACAAUGCAUGUAUUAACUGCAAAUGUCAUCCACAAUGAUAUUUCUGCACCUUGAUGAACUCCUAAAAAAAAUGGAUGAAAUUUAUCAAGCUUUUUAGAAACAGAUUUUAGAUUUAUUAUUAUAAAGUACAGAUUCAUUAUAUCAGCAGCAAUGUUGAUACUUCUUCGAGCACAAUAACUAAUUUGUGUAUAAAACCCAGAUGUUUUGUCAACAUUCCUUAUAUCAACAUCUAACUUGACACAUUUAGACCUGCAUGAGUUUAUAUUCAAUUGUAAAGUCUUCAGACUAUGGGGUAGACCACAAUCCUUUCAAAAAGCUUAUUAAAUGAUUUAUCUACAAAAUUUCCUAUAGAAUUUAAUGGUAAAUGUUGUAGAUUGUGACCAACCCUUAAAUGCUUGUCAUUUUUAGCCCAGCUGGUACUUAACCCCUUAACAACCAACAAAGUACUUUGUAUGUCACCGGUCAUUUUACUAUGUUGGGGUUUAAUAGCGGGGCUAUAGCCUGAUUUCUUCAAGAGGGAGGCAUGUGGUAAUAGCACAGUCUCUCCACUUUUGACUAGACCCAAAGUAUUACAGGGCCAAACACCCCUUAAGGACACAUGACAUACAGGGUACAUUCUAGCCGUUAAGGGGUCGUGGAGAUUCCAUUGAUUUAUGUGCAGCACAUUAAAUUAUAGAACAUUUAUAUAAAAAAAACAACAAUUUUUUAAGUUGUCUCUGUUAUGUCAGGUUGCUAUGUCAUGCCGGCUCCUUAUCUUGCCAGAUCUCAGGCCAAUGUGAUUCAACCAAAGGACACUUUAUACAUACAGUUAGGUUUUUUUAAAAAAAGAAUACGGUACAUAUUAUCAAGUGUAUUUGCUUACAAUUAGCAUUAAUAUGCUUCAAGCUAUCUGUAAUUUUCAUUGAAUAAUAAAGAUAUGCUAUAGAAUAUGCA